AUGGCAGACACGUUACCAACGAGCUUGUCGACUGCAUUGGGAAUGGAACUCUCUCCUUCCAGCAAGGGAUUUGUUCUCGUGCUUUCAACGGAUAUUUCAUUCGGGGCAGUCAGCUGUGGGGGCUAUAUCGCCUGCUUGAUGACGAAAGAUGCCAUCAAUUAUGCUUCGAAGCAUGAGAAUCUACUACUACGGUCCCAAACAGAUGUGCGAACAUCAUUGGUUCGAUUCUACCGUCCGAUCAUUGAGAACAAACCAGUGGAAAUGCAACUGCGUGAAAUGAGCCUGGGUAAAGCAUGGUCCACCUUACAUGUUGAAACAUUCCAAUUCGAGAAAGUCGCUGCGUCUGCAGUUAUUUGGCUCACUAACUUCAAGCUCCCAGGCAUUAGCCUCCAGACAGGCUGGCAGUUGACUGCUACCCGCCCCGUGGAUCUGCGGAUGCUCGAAAUGGACAAUGAUCCCGAAUGGACAUCAUACCAAACAGCAUUCCAUCGAAAUGGAUUUCGGCAUGCCCACUCCUACGUGAGAACUUUCAUACCAAAAUCUUGGCCUCAGAUAAAGUUCACAGAGCAAUGGAUCUUACCCGGUUGGGAUUGCCUCCCAAAAGGGUCCUGUGUGGCCCAGAAAGGACAAGACAAAGCACGAUGGACGACAGAGAUGAUACAAUUUGCAAUAGACAUUAAUUUUCCUGUUCAAGAGAAUUUCUUCCCACAAGAAGACCGAUUACUGAUGGGCAAUAUUGCUGCUACUCUCAAAUUCGCAGAGGCUCAAAUGAAGGCUCGUGCAGAGGGAAAGCCGAAUUGGAGGGAAUUGGAGCUGGAUGGCUCAAUGAAGCCUAUCACCCAGAGUGUUAACGUGACAUUGAGUAUGUCGACAGAGAUCAAGAGAAACCUCCCACCUCAAGGUGUCCGACGGCUCUACUUGCGCACUGAGGCUAAAAAUAUUAUAAGUGGAAGGAUGGACCUGGAAAUCCUUCUUUGUGAUGAGAACAUGAACUUGAUUGCCAUUAGUCAACAUGUGGCACAGAUCAUCCCCUCAGCCCAGAAACAGGAAAAGAGUAGAAAAGGCGCAAUAUGUAAUCAAACUGAUAAUAUAAUACUCUAUGAUAGACCAUUUAUCGUGCUUAAUGGUGCUUCUUCCCGCAACUAA